AUAACCAAGUCGAGGGUAAUAGUGUGAUACUAUUCUUUAAAGAUGAUGGUCACCAUAAAGGAUAUUCCCAUAUAGGAUAUUCCCAAUAUGUGCCCUAUGUACCGAUGCCCAAUAUUAUAACUAUAAUGAGGCCCGCAAUAGAUGUACAUAAGGCUAUUAGUUUAAUUACUUCAGCUAAUGUGGAUACUACUCGGAUUAACCAUAACAUAAGGGAUAAAUCACUAGGUUACUAUG